AUGUCGUCUAGCUACACCGUCCACGUCUCCGGCCUCGCGCCCGAGACCACCGACACCAAGCUGUCGGACUUCUUCUCCUUCUGUGGCAAGCUCACCUCCGUCAAGAAGAACGGCACCGAGGCCGACAUCACCUUCGAGAAGCAGAGCGCUAUGCGCACUGCCCUUAUGCUCAACGGCGGUACUCUCGACGGCGCUCACCUCACCGUUACCUCUGCCUCGCCCGAGGCCAACACUGACAAGGCGUCGACCCCUCCCCCUGCCGACUCUGAGCCGACCAUUGCCCAGGAAGACAAGCCCAAGGCCGCGAUCGCAGCCGAGUACCUCGCGAACGGCUACCUCCUCGGUGACAACAUUCUGCAGAAGGCGAUCGACAUUGACAACAAGCAGGGUAUCUCGUCUCGUUUCCUGAACUUUGUCAACAACAUUGACAAGAAGGCUGGUGAGCGCCUGGUCGGCGAGGGCCACACGGUGUCGCAGAAGCUGCGCGAGGACGCCGCGACCGCGUACGCCAAGGCCGAGCAGGUCGACAAGGACAAGGGCGUCUCGGAGCGCUUCCACCAGUACUACACCAAGGCGCUCGGCACGCCUCUCGGCCAGAAGGUCGCCAACUUCUACACCCAGACCCAGAAGCAGCUCCUCGACGUCCACGACGAGGCCAAGCGCAUCGCCCAGGAGAAGAAGGCCGCCUCUGGCGCCGCGACCCCCGCCCACGUCGAGGGCUCCGAGACCGCCCCCGCUGCCACCUCCGCCUCCACUGGCGCCACCGAGAAGGCCGACACGGCCGCCGCUGCCCCCGCCACUGAGAAGUCGGCCUAA